AUGGUUCCACCAGCAAUGAUCAAUGCAGAUACUGCUGAACUUGCAAGAUUUUCUCGUGAAGUACGGGCAAUGUUUCCACCGGCAGUACGUGGUUUGGUCAAGGCCAGUUGUCAAAUGGUGUCGCAAUGCUGUCCAACAAUUCGAUCUCAAAUGUUAUCAUUUGCUUUAUUCGGUGAUAAAGAUGGAAUGGUAGAACAAUGUUUUGGCAAGAAAGAUUCACCUAAUUAUCGUGCCAAACUUGGAGCUUGUCCAUCAAUUGGAAUGAUGAUGAAAAUAUCUCAAGAACCAGAUGUUAUGAAAUUUUUAAGCAUUGACAAAUCCAAGUUAGCCUUUGGCAAAACAUUAGGACAAACCAUGACUGAAGUUUGUUCAGCAGAUGAUAUUAUGUCAAUUGUGUGUGAUGCAGACAAAAAUAAUAGAUUACAAGUAUGCCAACGAAGAGUAUUGGAACAUUUAGCUAGAAAAAGCACUGAUCAGGUCUACAAGGAAAAAGUCGCCUUUAUGAAGAUGAAAGGCAGAGAAUAUGGUGCUGUUAUCAAACAAGCAUUUAAUUAA